AUGGGUCUAGCUGGGCCGAAAAAACGGUCGAAAAUUUCGCAUGAUCCAAACAAUACAACAUGGUCCCGUUCAACCACAGGAUAUGGUCACCGGAUUAUGAGCGCACAGGGAUGGACACCAGGUAGUUUCUUAGGCGCCCCAAAUGCCGCGCAUUCGUCCAGCUAUACUUCCGCUAGUUCCUCCCAUAUCCGAGUCGUACUUAAAGAUGAUACCCUUGGACUAGGAGCUCGGCCACGGAACCCACUUGCAGAGGAUGAACCAACUGGAUUAGAUGCGUUUAAAGAUCUACUAGGUCGACUCAAUGGUAAAAGUGAAACGGAGCUAGUCCAAGAACAACGCCGAAGAGAAGACAUCAAACUACUUAGUUAUGUGGAAAGAAGGUGGAAAACUAUGGCAUUUAUCCCCGGCGGAUAUCUGGUCAAAGAAGAUUCAAUAGAUGAUUUGUCAGAUGAACAUGAAGCCGCGGGACGUGACUCCAGCGGCCUGGUAAAAGAGUCGCUCAAAACGACACGCACUUGUCAUAAAACUGAAGACAGAAAAGAAACCACUGCGGACAGUGCAAAAAUCAACAAAUCGGCCGACAAACAAGCCAAUGUGACAGCAAGUGAACUCGAAUCUUAUAGCAAAAGGAAUAAGAAAAAGUCGAAGAAAAGGAAAGAAAUCGAGGCCCAAGCAGAAGAGUCAGAGCGAAAGCCUCAUAUCAGCAUCGAAGCUAGUUCUCCCGUUGAUAAGCCUACAGCAAAAUUGAAGCGGAAGCGGGAAACGGCGAUUGAAAUCAAAGAGCAUCGCCCACUGGGUCGCCAUGUGAUACGAAAUCGGUACAUCCAACAAAAAAAGAUGGCUUUGAUGGAUACCAAGUCUUUGAAUGAGAAUCCGAUGCAUUUGGUCCGCUCUAUAGAGAGUGCUUGA